UUAAGAGACGGUUAAUUGUAAAAUUCUGUUUCUCUGCAACGGUUUCAGGGUUUUUUGACUUUCUGAAACCUUCUACGUUUUCCACCCGUAUUUAAUUAAUAUAUUACAAGCCGUCAAUUGAUUUUAGUCCACAUUCUUAUGAGUCCCGGGCUGCUGUAGUUAUGAAGGAGCUGACUGAGGAGACGCCGGACAGCGGGUUUGGGUGCGCGGUGGCGAACCGCUUCGGCCGCCUUCUGGAUGACGAGACCGACCCUUUCGACCUGCUGUACCAGGCCCAGGUGAAAAACGAGAAACGGAAGAAGAAAGAAGAUCUGAAAAAAGUCGAAACUUCGACGAAAGCCAGCAAGAAGGAGUCACAGAAAGAAAGGAAGGCGCUAGUUCGUGUCGGGGAUAAUUCUGCGAACAAGGGAGUAGCAGGCCAAAAGCGGCCCGUUCGAGCGGCACCUGAGGAGCGAGCAGGUGAAAGGCACGUGGCGUUCAGUGAAGCUAAGCUCAGUGAGGGGGAAGUUUCUCUCGGCUACUCCAUUGAGAGGCCUGGAGAACUUUUUGAUCGAGCAGCACGGGGAAGAGGAAGUGGAAGGGGUCGUGGGGUUCGAGGCUUCGGGUUUUCCAGAUCCGCUGGUGGUUUUGAUCCCAGGGGGAAACGGGAGUUUGAGCGACACAGUGGCAGUGACCGAGCGAGUGUUCGUCCAGAGGAGAAGAGGGGGGGCAGUGGACCUCGCAACUGGGGGUCCAUGAGAGACCAUGUAAGUGCAGCGGCUGAGGGAGCGCCUAAUGAGGAGACUGGUGAAGGCGAGGAAGUAGCUGAGACUGCAGAGACCGAUUUGGAAAAUGGACCUAUUGAGACAGAAGAAGUGCUUGAAGUUGCUAUUGAGAUGUCGUUGGAUGAAUGGAAAUCCAUUCAGGAGCAGAGCAGACCAAGGGCAGAGUUUAACAUCCGUAAGGCAGAGACCAAGAUACCCCCCAAAGCUGUGGUGAUCCACAAGUCCAAGCGCCUUAAGGAACAUGGCCUUGGUCUAAAUGAUGACGACCUAGUCUGCCGACGCCCUGCCAAUGACAUCACCUGUCAGAUGGACAUCAACUUCGGCAGUCUCGGGAGGCCUACUCGUGGGGGCCGAGGUGGGCGUGGGGGACGAGGUCGUGGGGCCCCUGCUACCCAAAGAUCACCUCAGAAAGAUAGUGAUGUGGCCCCAAACCCUGAUGACCAUGAGGAUUUCCCAGCCCUGGCUUGAUGGAAUCAGAUCGAGCCAAGACAGCAGACAACUCAUGGGACUUUAAAAGCACUUGAAGUUGUGUUAAAAGAAAAAAAAAGAUUAAACCCACAUUUAAAUUGAGUCUCAGUGGCCUGUGCAUUCUCUCUGUGGAUUGAGUUACUUCUCCACAGACCUUUACAUUCACUGUGAUGCUUAUUCUAGUAGCUUUCUUGUGUGUGGAAAAAUAAAGCAAGCAAAAUGAA